CUGAUGGUUCUUGGCAGCGACGCGGGGCUGUGGCCAAGCUGAGGAGGGUACCAGGGUGGGUCUCUGCUCUGGAGGGAUUCUGGGUGAAUUCCUGCCUCCCCACGGGUGUCAGAGUUUGGAGCAAUCCAGCAGGGAGAGGCGCCCCAGUGCCCAGCGGAUAACUGAGGCCUACAGCUGGGCCAGCGGAGGGACAGGGAGGCGAAUGUGCUGAGAAUACGCCCAGCUGUGGAGCUGGGAAUAUCCUCUGUAAAGCCCUCACGUCACUCGGCUCUCUCCUCCACACACAGAUCAGGGGAAAGGGAGCCUCCGGCGCAGCAGAGCCAGUGACAUGCGGGUAGCCCAGGCCUGGCCCAAGGACUGCAGCGAGAUAACCUGGAACAGGGUCAGUGGCGUCUUCGUCAUCCAGCCCACAGGACUCCACCAAUUCGAGGUCUACUGUGAGCUGAACAGCACCAGUGAGGGCUGGACGGUCCUCCAGCGGAACCGGCACGACACACAGAUCACCUGGGCUGAGUCCUGGAGCACCUACAAGUACGGCUUUGGCAACGUGAAGGAUGACUACUGGCUGGGGACGGAGUACAUCUAUCGGAUCGCCAAGCAGAAGAUCUACCAGGUCAGGUUUGUCAUCCACGAUUCAUCCGGCACCAUGAAAUAUGCAGACUACAACCUCUUCAGUCUGGAAGACGAGUCCAAAGGCUACAGGCUGAGGCUGGGCUCUUACACUGGGACUGCAGGGGACGCCAUGACUUCAAACAAUCCUAGCACCGUGCAUGACAACAUGAAGUUCUCUGCUAAAGACCUGGAUCAGGACACUUACUGUGGGAACUGUGCGUCUAGCUAUGAUGGGGGCUGGUGGUACUCGGCUUGUUAUUCUGUUCGACUGAACAUCAAAGGGAGCAUCACUUGGGGUAGUUUCUGUAGUGGGAACUGCCAAGCCUCCGCCAUCCUCAUCAAACCAGCGUCCUACUGUUAGUCACCCCUUCCCCACCCUCCUGUCUGCAGUGAGGCCAACCCCUGCUCCACGAAGGGAGGGAAAAGGGUCAGAGUGUGUCAUGGCCAAACCUCCCGCCCGCUCUCACAGGCCUUGCUGGGGGAAGUAUCAGGGUUACCCAGGAAACGGGGCCACUUUCCUUCUCCUCUCCCUCCCUGCAGACUUUCCGAGCUUUUCUCCCCUGGGCCUUUCUGCGCUGGGCUGACUCCCGUGCACCAGCGUUCGGCUGGAGUGACUCUUCCGCGUCAUUUUAGCUCGGCGAUGCGAUGAGCAGGCCUAGAGGUCACUGGAAAGGUGAAAUCCCAAGCAUGGCGGGAGCUUCUCAAACACCCUCUGCAUGGCCCUGCCUUGGGAUCCAGGCUUUGGAAUAAACACACACUUCUAAGCAGUGAGGUCUGCAGCUGGUA